CGCUCAAACUCUUUAAAUGACGCGUAGAAAGGCAUCUCCCUCAUUGAAAGCCAGCACAGCUCCUCAACAGCAAUGGAUGCUUCUAGGGUUUCUUGAGAGAUUGAGUGAGCAUCGUUUACAUUCAUCCCCAAUCGACAACAACUUUGAACUAGUACUGAGAGACUAGCCUCCUAAUUAGGGUUUCAAAAUCUAUGAAUCAUACACUUUAAAUCGCAUUCAUUCAUUGAGUGGGACUAAUUGAAGCAGAGCGUUAUAUAAAAAUGCUUCAAUCAAUUGACAGCUCAUGAAGAAGGGACUGAAGGAAUCGAAAAGUGUUUCUUGGGCUUCAGGGGCUAAGCUUUUUCAGGUAAAGUUGUUUUUAUCCGAGGAUUGCCCUUCGAAAGUUGGUCUGCACACUCAAGAUCAUCUGCAGACUAACAGUGUGUACUCUGACAACCAUUCCUCCAGGUUUGAAGGCAGACAUUCUAUGGACCCACUAAAGAAGAAACUCACCCACAUACCUCAGAUUGAAUGGAAAUGCCCUCCUGAAGUUGUUUUGAAUCCUGAUUGGCAUGUGGCUGCUGGUGAGGAAAGCAAAGAGGCAGAAACUCAAAAGAAUAGGGAAAGGAAAGUAUUCAGAUCAGCUUAUACUCGUGUUUCUGACAUCCAUCGCAGCUUCUUCCGGCCGUUGGAUGUGCAAGAUCAUCUUGAUGAUAGCCACAUCCCUGUCAUCCCCAUCACUCCCAUUGAAGAUGUGGCAGUAGAUCUGCCAUCUGAGACGGUAGUACCACAAAACAUGUCUUUCAACUCGCAGCCACUAGCCCUGCCCCGAGGUGUGUUAUCUGGAAAUCCCGAAUCUGACCCUGCUGCUUCUCUAAAGCCUUCUGCCAAUGAAAAACCAGCACUUGAGAUUCUACCUGGUUUUCAAGCUGAUGCAGUUGUUGCUGCUGUGGCUGCAGUAACUGCAAUCACGAAGAGCAAAGAACAUGCAAGCUUGAUUGACCCUGAUUUGCUCAUUAAAUUCCUCAGCGACCCAAAAAUGGUCGAGAAAUUGAUCCGUGAGCAAGGAUCUACUGCCGGUACUAGAACUGAACCUGUGUCUGAAUCAAAGUCUUUGACAACAUCAGUGCCUUUGCCCAUCACAAAGCCAGGUCUGGUUGAGAAAGUGAUUAAUGAAAAUGAGGCAGUAAUGAAGACAGCAAGUACAUCCAUACCUGGCCCAAAUCUAGUUUCACCCUCGGUUGCUAUACCUGGUCCAAAUCUAGUUCCACCCUCGGCUGCCAUACCAGGCCCAACUCUAGUUCCACCCUUGGCUGCUAUACCUGGCCCAAAACCCAAUCCAGUGAUUAAACAAUUGAAUAAUGAACAGGACCCAAUUUCUGGGUCAAAGCUGGUGACACUGACACCCUCAGUGGCACUACCUGGCCCAAAAUCUGAGCCAGUGAUUGAAAAACUGAUCCAUAAACACAGAGCACACACUGAAACACGAGCUGCACCUGUUUCUGGACAUAAGCCAGCGACAUCCCGGGUUGCUUUUUGCAGUCCGAGACCUGGUCCAGUGGUUAAAAAAUUGAUCAAUGAAAACCAAGUGCCCACUGAAGCAGGAAGUGUACCUUUUGCUGUAGGGAAGCUAGCAACACCGCUAGCUUCCUUGCCCAGCUCGAAACCACAUUUGGCAAAGAUUAAGAUGAUGAUUAAUGAAUAUGGAACAGAAAAUGAACCCAUUUCUAGGUCUAUUCCAUCGACUCUGAAGGUUCCAAUUUCGAGUCCGAAACUGGAUAUGGUUUUGCCAGAUGUUACAGGGCCAAACUUGAUAGCAUUACAGAAUAUGAUUCAACCAGAUUUGCGACUUAAGGCACCGCCAGUGGACACAACAGGGCUGAACUUGCACCCAUUGGUAAAUAUGGUGCAGCGCAGUUUACAAAUGCAAGCACUCUCACCAGAUACUGUUCCAACAUCUACAUUUUUGGGCCCUCCGGUAAAGGACAUCAAUUACAUUAAGAACCUUAUCAGGCAACAUGGAAAAAACGAUGAAACUGAGGAAUAUAAUCUUUCACAAUCUGGAAAAUCUCAUGUUCAGGACCUGAAAUUGGUUCCAAAUCUAAAACCAAAUGAAUUGACACCAAAGUUUCAGAAAGAUUGCAUCUUCUUUAAUAGCCCGAGGGGAUGCCGAUAUGGGUCUAACUGCCUUUUCCGCCAUGAUAGGGUUAAAAAGUUGCAGCCUGGCAGUGUUUUGGAGGGUCCAAGUGCAAAGAGAAUGAAACUGGGUGGGGAAAUCACUGGAAGCACUUAAAAUGGAGGGUGAUUUAAUUGAUGAAAUUUUCACCUUUGUUACAUAGUUUUUACAGUUUUUCUUUCUCCGUCAUCAGGAAGUUUUUACAGAUGAACUUUUUAUGCUUUGGUUUUUUCACCUCUGGUACACAGUUUUUCUCCUUUGUGCAUAGCAUAGCAGUUUCUUCAGAUUUAUAAGUGUGGCACAAUGGCCCAAGAAAUUUGCAAAUUUGUGAAUAGAUUUGAGCAGUUAUUUUUCUGGGUUUUC